CCGCAUUGCAAUAGUUAUCCGACGCUUUCUAUAUUUCAGCUUCCGUCAUUUGGUGCCAAUCGCAUCGCGUGGGGCCACACGAUGUGGGUUUUACUGGCAGAGCUGGCGGGUUCCCUCCAGCAGUAACUCCAAGCGGCACAAGUCAAAUCUGUUGGUCAUGCUUUAUUAACCCCGCCGUAUCCCCCAUUUUGCGAAGGAUAUCUAUUCCUCUCGGGGACCACGACCUUUGGAUACCUUACCGCUCGGGGACAUUGACCUUUGAAACCUUACUGCUCGGGGACAUAUACAUUUUGCGCUUUGGUGGUUGCGUCAUAGACACAUGGGGAUUUAAGACUUCGAUUCAUACGCGUUUCUGGGGAUAGUGGGGAGCUUCCGACCUAUUUUGCUACGAGCAUCAACCUCAAGAUCGCAUCAAUACAGCAAGCGUUUUGCGCACUCUAGUCUAUCUCGACCAACUUUUUGUCAAUCCAUUCAGCCCUUCGCAUGAACAGCGAACACAACGGCAGCAAGCCAGGACUCAUUACCGAACGCAACCAUCUCUCAAGGGUGAAUACCUUUCCCAACGCUGAGUUUACUAUCCCGCCUUCGGACACACUCUCGAAAUGCCGGAGUGCCCCAACUCACUCCGCCGAUGCCCAGGCAUCGGAGAAAUCCAAGGAGAAUCAAAAAAACGCCACUGCAACUGGAGAUGAAGAGAAACAGUCUGAAACCUCUCACGAUGAUGAUGAGGUGACUUACCCCGAAGGUGGCCUUGAGGCUUGGUCAGUUGUACUGGGUUCCUUCAUGGGCCUCGUGGCCGCACUCGGCAUGAUGAAUAGCGUUGGUGUGUAUCACAGCUACAUUGGGGAGAACCAGUUGCGAAGCUACAGCGCGAGUAGCAUCAGUUGGAUCUUCUCGAUGUAUGUGUUCUUGUCGUUCUUCUGCGGCCUUCAGAUUGGCCCGAUCUUCGACGCCCAUGGCCCGAGAAUACUUGUACCAGCAGGCAGCAUACUGGUGUGUGCCUCGAAUUUUCUUCUGGGCGUAUGUACAACGUACUGGCACUUCUUUCUCGUCUUUGGGGUCCUUGGUGGCGUGGGAACAUCUUUGAUCUUUACGCCAGCAUUCGCAGCUGUCAGCCACUUCUUCCAUCUGAAGAGAGGCAACGCAACUGGUGUUGCGGCUGCCGGGGGAGCGCUCGGAGGUGUCAUCUUCCCAUUGGCACUGCAACGACUCCUACCUUCGGUUGGGUUCGCAUGGGCUACCCGGAUCAUAGGCUUCAUCGACGUUUUUUGUUGCAUCUUCGCAUGCGUAUUCAUCCGCUCUCGACUACCCCCCAAACCUGGACAAUCAGUCAUGCCUGACUUCCGCAUCUUCCGUCACAAAUCGUACCUAUUGCUUACAAUCGGUAUCUUCCUGAUGGAAUGGGCCUUGUUUAUUCCCAUCACCUACCUUACAACCUUUGCAACCUCGACCGGCACGCUCAGCGCUGCAUUCUCGUAUCAGCUCAUUGCAAUCUUCAAUGCCGGUAGCUGUCUUGGACGAUGGGUGCCUGGCUUUCUGGCAGAUAAGCUAGGCCGCUUCAACAGCAUGAUCGCUGCGCUCGCCGUAUGCUCAGCCACGUCUUUGACUUUCUGGCUACCUGCAUCGCUCCUGACGCCUACUACAACCGCCGAGGCCACUGCCAUCAAAGCGCUUUCUAUUGUCUACGCUGUCAUCUUCGGGUUCGCGUCCGGUUCGAACAUCUCGUUGGUCCCAGUGUGCGUUGGCCAGCUUUGCGACACAAAUGUGUAUGGACGGUACUAUGCAACUUGCUACACGGUCGUGUCUUUCAGCACCCUUACGGGCAUACCAAUUGCGGGCAGCCUGCUUCAAGCUACUGGUGGACGGUACUGGGGCGUUGUCAUCUGGACAGCUAUUUGCUAUAUUGUCGCAUCGGGCUGCUUUAUUUGGAGCCGGGCCCUCCAAGUUGGCUGGAAGUUGGGGGUGAAGUUCUAAGAGGUGGCAGUUGUUGACUCGUGGUUAGAGGGUUCUGGUGUACAGCAAGCCCAAUCAGAGUAUUACGCGUGAGUUCCGAUGCUUCGGAAAGUUUAUUUUGGGAGUGGCAACGGUCCGCCUGAAACAUGGGGCUGUGAGGAGAAAGAGGGAAAGUUUGAUUGUCGGAAUGUGCUUUUGCUAUUCAGCUUCGCGCGCCUUGUUACACUCGUUUGCUGAUUUACCUGAUUUUCAUAGUUGAUCUACGUAUAACCAAGGAACACAGUCGUUUGGUACCCCU